AUUACUUUUGUACGUGACUAUAUAUCCAGAAAUGGCAGCUCUUCUUGCUCGCUCCUCGGCCUCCACGGCCUUCGCUGGGCGUCGCGCCAGUGGAGUUGCAUGCCCUCGCGCGCCCGUGUCGCCUGUUUGCAUCAGGCGCAGCGUGGUGUCAGUGCGCGCGUCGGCUGAGCCUUCUGCUCCCGCUAAGCCGGCUGGCAGCCAGGAGUAUGUGGAGGACAGCGAGUUCGCCGUCUCGAAGAUCUCUUUCGGGUCCAUCCUGACUCCCGUGGGUCUGGGCCUGCUGUUCUGGGGCUUCGGUGCCUACUUCCUGCUCCUCCCCGGCGCCGACCUAUCCUCGCUGUUCCUGAUCUAUGGUUUCCCUAUCAGCCUGCUGGGCUUUGCGCUGAGCUAUGCUCAGCUGAAGCCGGUGCCCUGCAAGACGACCAAGGCGGCGUUCGCGCUUCGUGAGAGCCAGAUGACGGACAUCCAGAAGCAGAUCCGCGAGGACGUGACCCGCUUCCGGUAUGGUGACGAGCAGCACCUGGAGGAGGCUCUGGACCGCAUCUUCAAGCCCACCCGUCCCGGCGGUGUGGCGCGCAAGUUCUUGCCCACCCUCAUAGGCAUCCGCGAGGAGGUGAUUGACAACGCCUACGCGCUGGUGCUGGAGUUCUCCUCCACGCUGGAUGAGGCCAAAUGGAACGAGUUCCAGCCCAAGAUCCAGUCCUUCUUCGGGCCGGGCAUCGUGGCCACCGUCACCAAGACGGGUGCAGGCGUGGAUGUGGCGCUCAUCUGCGACGGCAGCGGCGCCGGCCGCUCCGGCAAGGACAAGAAGGACGUGCUGCCCCCGCUUCUGCCGGGCCUGAAGGCGCGCCAACAGGAGUAAGCUUACUGAGGAUCACACAGCUCAGAAAGGAUAGCAAGGACUAUGAGGGGGUGCACCCGGCACUGGGAUGACGCCGUAGCGUCAUGGCAUUGAGCGAUUUUCUUACAGCUCACAGUUUUGGGGAGAGCGAGUCGUGUAUACCCAAAUGCUGGUCGGGCCGGAGGCGAGCGGCCGAGCGCUGGGACUAAAGUUCAGGUGAGCGCCCUGGGCACGCGGUGUUGGAUGUGUUCAUUGUGUAUGGUACGCUUGUGUGGUUGGUAUGGUCCAUGACCGCUGGUAGGGUCGCAUGGUUGAGUCUUUUGAGAGAGAUGUGUACACAUGAUGAACAAAACCAUGGCAGAAUGAGGGACUGGAACGUCCCUUCAAUCGUAAUACGAGGUCA